AUGGACCCCCAGGGCGGGACUCCGGGCUGCUGCUCAUUAGCAGCAGCUUCUGAUCCAGCAGCAGCAGCAGCAGCAGCAGGGGAGACACAGGACCCUGAGAAGCUGGUGUUUGUGCUGCAGCAGCAGCUGGAGUGUUUGUACACCGACCCUGACCCGCAGAAGAAGGCAGCAGCAAACAACUGGCUGCUGCAGUUUCAACGGUCUGCUGCUGCUUGGGGUGUCUCGCGGCUGCUGCUGCUGCAGCAGCAGCAGCAGCUGCAGCUUGUUGGGGCCCAAACUCUGGCGUGGAAGAUUGAGAAUGAGGGCUGGACGCUGCCUCAGCAGCACAAAGAUGAGCUUGCUGCUGCUCUAUUUGACGCAAUGAUACGCAUGCAGCAGCAGCAGCAGCAGCAACAGCAGCAGCAGCAGCAGCUGAGCAGUGCGGUGGGUGGGAGGCUAGGGCAUUGUCUUGCUGUUCUUGCAUUUCAGCGGAUUGCAGAUCUGCAGCAGCGGCAGCAGCAUGACGAUGAGGAGCCGCAGCAGCAAGAAGACGAGGAGCAGCAGCAGCAGCAACAGCAACAGCAGCAGCAGCAGCAAAAGCAGCAGCAGCUAUGGGCCCCUUUAGCGGAGAUAAUGUUUUUCGGUAGUCGUAAUCGCUCCGGCUGCGUGAAUGAGCAGCAGGUACCUUGCAGCAACAGCAGCAGCAGCAGCAUAAGCAGCAUCAUCAGCAGCAGCAGCAGCAGCGGGAUGUGUUUAGAUUGGUGUUUGUGGGUGUGCGUAACAGCAGUUGCUUCCUUUCCUGCUGCAGCACGUGCUGCUGACGUGCCUUCUCGGGGGGGCCGCAGAUACUUAGAGGGUUUUUAUUCAAAGUGUGUUGCUGCAGCAAGGCCUUCAGUUAUGCUCUUUGGCAGUCAUGUGCUUGCUGCUGCUGCAGCAGCCUGCAGCAACAGCAGCAACAGCAGCAGCAGCAGCAGCAGCAGCAGCAACAGCAGCACAAAUAAUAACAACGACAACAGCAACAACAACAACAACAGCAGCAGCAGCAGCAGCAGCAGUGUUGCAGCAAACUGCGGAGAGGCGGCGCUGCAGCUGCUAGGGGUUUGGCUGGAGUCUGCAGAGACACAAGAAGUUUGUGUAGAGGAGCUUUGUUAUUCUUUGUGCUGCAGCUUGUCUCCUUAUAAAGAAUUUGCUGCUCUUACAGACUGUCUUGUUGCUGCUUUACCUCGCUUACCUGCUUUUAUGGGCCUUUGGGGUGUACAGUCAGCAGCAGCAGCAGCAGAAGACAGCAGCAGCAAACCCCAAGGAGUUGCUGCACCAAGACCUGCGGAAUUAAUGCUGCUGCAGCAGCUGCUGCAGACGUUUGAUAUGCUUGCUGAUGAUGUACAAGCAAAUUUGCUGCUGCUGCAACAGCAGCCACGCUGCAGCAAGACAGCACUUCUUGUUCGUUGGGGGGGUGUGCUGCUGACGCUGAUUGAGGGGCAGCCGCAGCUGCUGCUGCAGCCUGCAGCAGCACCAGCAGCACGGCUGCUGCUGCUGCUGUGGAACUGCAACCCGUUAACUUGGCUACGAAUGUCUACCUUCUGGGCACAGCUAAAAGAGCAGCAAAGAGACGGCUUGCUGCAGCAGGAAUUGCUGCAGCAGCUAACAGCUUCGGUAGCGCCUUGCUGCGUGUCCAGUCUGCUGCAGCACGGCAGCAGCAGCAGCAGCAGCAGCAGCUUGUGGCAGCAGGACGACGGCGGGGAGUUGGGUGCUUUUAUGGAGGCAGCAGGAGAUGUGUUAAGUGAUUUGCUGCUGCUAGCUGAGAGCUGCGGGCAGCAGCAAGCUUUAGACUUCUUAGCAAUGCUUGCUGCUUUGCUGCUGAGUGCAGUAAAUAGCAGAGACUGCAGCAGCAUCAGAUGUCUCCUUUUGCUGCUAGAUUCUGUUGUAGAGACAGUAAACGGCAUUCCUCAGCCUUUUGCUGCUGUGCUGCUGGCAUUAGACAGGCUGCCGCAGCAGCAAACUGUUGCUGCUGCUGCUGCGCUGCUGCUGGGCAAGGUGGCUAUACACUUCACUGAGGAGAUGGCUUGUGAGGGUUUGCUGCAGUCUCCGCUUUCUUUUGCUUUUUGCUGCUCUUCUCCGCUGCUGUCUGCUCUUUGGGUAGCUUCUCUGCGAUCUCUGUGCAAUUUGCUGCUGCUGCAGCCUGCGCUGCUUGCUGACGCGCUGCUGCAGCUGGCGACGUGGGGCGGCCACCACUUAGGCUUCCCUUUGCUGCAAGACACAUACCUGCAGCAGCAGCAGCAGCAGCAGCAGCUGCAGCAGCAGCAGCAGCAGCACAUACAACAGCAGCAGCAGCAGCAGCAGCAGAUCCAGUGGUUCGAUCCGUCGCUGAAAGCGGCGGCGGCAGCAGCUGCUGCUGCCGCUAAUGCUGCAGCGGCAGCAGCUGCAGCAGCAGCAGCAGACACAGACCCUGCGCUUCUCGCGAGAAGGCGACUGCAGCAGCUGCAGGAAUUUUAUCAGUUUGUUGCUGCUGCUGCACCGCAGCAGCAGCCGCAGGUCGAUGGCACGCUGCAUGCUGCUGUUGUGAAGCUGCUGCAGCACUUCCCCCCUCUGGAGAUGAUGUCUCUUUUCUGCCAGCUGCUGCAGCAAACAGCACAGGGAAUCCGCAGCAGCAGCAGCAGCAACAGCAACAGCAGCAGCAGCAACAAGCAGCAGCAAGCCGCAAGGCUGCUGGCGAGGUUAGACUGCUGCGCAGCUGCUCUUUAUUCAGGGAAGGUUGAGGUCUCACGGGGACCAGCAGCAGCAGCAGCAGCUGCUGCUGCUGCUGGCAGCAGCAGCGAAUCAAACUCUGCAAGCGAUUGCCUAGCGCUGCUGCUGCUGCGGUCCCCCAAGGAACAGCAGGCGUUUCUGCAGCAGCACGGGGCAGCAGGCUGCACUCUGCAGCAGCAGGAGCAGCAACAACAACAACAGCAGCAGCAGCAGCAGGUAGUAGAAGAAGACACACCGCUAUGGGUGCCUUUGCUGCAGCUGAUCCUGCAUGUGCUGCUGCAUAAUGCUGCAGCACCGCCACGCAGUGUCUGGGGAGGGGAGCGUCUUUCAUUUUCUGUGCUGCUGGAGUUGAAGCCGCGGCAGCAGCAGCAGCAGAAGCCUGAGCUGUACUACUACCACGACUACCAGCAGCAGCAGCAGCAGCUGCAGCAGCAGCAGCAGCAAGGCAGCGAAACAGGAGGGGCUCUCUAUGUCCGAGCCCUCAGGUGUCUGAGGCUGCUGCUAGUUGUUCUGGGGUGUAUAGAGGAAGCACAGAGUAUGUGGGCAGCUGUCAUUCAAAUGGUGGAGGCGUGUCUUUCUGCUGCUGCUGCUGCACUGCAGCAGCUGCAGCAGCAGCAGCAGCAGCAACAGCGGCAGGGUGAGAGCGCCGUUGCAGCAUCUGUGGCGCUGCAGGGCUGCUGCGUUGUGCUGCUGUCAGAUUUGCUGCGCAUCGCAGCAGCAAACCCCCCGCUGCAGCGGCUGGUGCGGCAGCGAUUAGCUAGUGACGGUGCUGCUGCAGUUGAGCUGUAUAUACACCUCAGCAAACACCUCCCCCAAGACAUGACAGACGCAUACAUCCCGCUGCUGGAGUUUCUCUCGGCCCUCGCCUCUGCCUCAGGGCAGCAGCAGCAGCAGCAGCAGCAGCAGGGGGCAGCAGAAGCAGGAGAGGUUUGUUUCUUUGAAAGCAGCACAUACAAAGAUUCGUUGCUGCUGUGUGCAUGCAUAUUGCGGGGGGAUGAUGCAGAGGUAGCGAAGAAGUGUCUGCGGUACUUGCAUGUUUGCUGCUGCUGCUGUCCUAAGCAGCAGCAGCAGCAAAUGGAGCAGCAGCUGCAGCAUUUGCUGCCAGCAGUCCUCAGCUCUCUAGGAGUGUGGGGUGUUGAGAGCCUAGGGGUCCUAUGGAAGCUGUUUGCGCGUUGGGGAGAGCAGCACAAUACUACGCUGCUGCUGUGUGUCUCCUCCUGGUUAAAAGACAGCAGCAGCAGCAGCAGCAGCAGCAGCGGGAGCAGCAGCAAGCGAUCGCCGCUGCAAGAGCUCGACCCAAUGCAGCAGCAGCUGCUGCUGCACUGCCUCCAAGCCUUUAGGGGCCCCCGCAUCCGGCAGCUGCUGCAGGACAUGUGUCUGCUUGCUUCUGGUGUUACGUCGCCUGCUGAUGCUUUAUUGGCUUAUGAGUUUACGCUGCACGAAGCUAGCAGCAGCAAGCAUGCAACAGAUGCAGCAGCAGCAGCAGCAGCAGCAGCAGCAACACCAGCAGCAACAGCUCCAGCUGCACAUGCAGAUGCAGCAGCAUCAGGCACUGCUGCUAAACCCAUCGAGUUGUAG